AUGAAGGCAGGCACUCUUCAAGAGAACCAAAUUAUGGAGAAUUGGGUGAAUCAUAUGUAUCCUUCCCUUGCAAAAGUUGCUAGAGGAAUUCCUGGUAUCCAAUUACAAGUUGGCAGAAUAAUUUUUCCUCUGGAUGAUGGUAGGCUUGGAGAACUACAUCUAUCAGGCCUAGGGGGUGAAAGUUCCGGUCCAAAUCAUCAGGUUAAUGUUCGAAGAAAAGUAACACUGAGGUAUGCAUGGUCAAUUUUGGAUGCCCCCGAGACUGAAGGUUGGAAUGCCGAGUAUUGCACCGAAGAACGUGGACUCUCAAAUUGCAUAAAAGGCAUCAAAGACGAACACAAUGACGCAGAAACCACAAAAUCAACAUCAAGACGGCGAAAGGGUGGCAAGGAACGACAAAACUACUUAUCCCCUGAUGCAUCAGGUGGAAGCUCAGGAAAAUCCAUGGAAGAGUAUAGUAUCCCAGAUGAUUGGGUCAACACAAAUUUCCGUCUAAGAGUGAUGCAUGAAGGCAGAUCAUUUUUCCUCAUAACAGAUGGAGGCUUGGCUUUUGAGUAUCUGAAUACAGAAAAUAUGUGGUUCUGGUUGAGGCAUGAGCACUCGACAGCAAUGAAAGGUGCCCUUGGAAACUACAAUGGAAGUUUAUUUUUGGUUGAUGAGCAUGGGAGUUUGCUCAUCAGAGAAAGAAGAAACAAUGAACUAGCAUGGAUAAAUUGCACAGCUAUUAGGAAAGGAAGGCAAAUUAUUGGAGGCCCGCCAUGGGAUGGAGUGCCAGGAAAAGCUCCAAAAGUUGCAGCAGAAGAUGCACUCUUCUUUGUGAGCAAAAGUGGAAGAUUACUUCAGUUUACGGUUGUGCUGAGAAAGUUCAAAUGGAAAGAUUGCCGAAACCCAUCAAAUACAAAGAUUGCUUGUAUAGUAGAUCAGGAAGUGUUCAGGGACAACAUAGUGUUUGUUGUUGGAAGGAAUGGUCGGCUAUACCAGUAUAACAAAGUCACUGAACUAUGGCAUGAGCACUACCAGUCUCAACACUUGGUUCUGUCCAGAUUGCCUGGAACUGCUAUGAGGCCAUCAUCACUAACACUAACAGGCUCUCUUUUCAUGCUUUCAGAAGAUGGUGGACUGGUUGAAUAUCAUUGGAACUCAUUAGAUGGGUGGAAUUGGGUGGAACAUGGGACUCCAUAUAAAAGUGUGACCUUGGUCAGUUCACCAGGACCUUGCUUUGUGCGUAGUCAAUUGUUUUUGAUCGGUUCAGAUGGUAAAGUGUAUCUAAGAUACUUGGAUGAAGCCACAUGGAAAUGGAGGGACUGUGGCUUCCCUCAUAUUGGAAACAAGGUUGGCGAAGAUGAAAGACAGAUUGGAGCAAAACCUGGAAAACAAGAAGUUUGUAUAGACGGAGAUUUUACAGCAAGCUUGGCGAGAACUGAAGAAAAUAUACAUGCUACUAGCAGAAAUUGUGACCCAAAGGUGGCAUCUAUACGGCCAAUUCCAUUUGCAGAGGAUUCGGUUAUAUUUGAGCUAAGAGAUGGCAGAUUGGCAGAAAUGAGACAAAUUGGGGACGCGCAUUGGAUAUGGGUGCGUACCAUUGGCACUCCCACAAGCUUAUGCAUAGAGAACUACUGGAUAGCUUUGGCAUCAUAAAUUACAACCUUUCUUUGACAAACUACAAGACAGUUUUUAAUGAAUAGCAUGGACUACAGAUCUAUGAGAAGUUAUACAGUUACUGAAGUACCACUGCACGCAAGGUCCAGACUUCUUGUUUUUCUGUUGGAGGAAGUAGUGUAGAAAAAAGAACUUCUAUCUCUACCACUUGUAAAAUAUAUACGUAUAAUGUAAAAAGUUAUAGGAGGACGAUAGUUUGAUACAUAGUCAAUAAAAUAAUGAAUUUAGGUAAAGAACAGAACAUUAGCUGUUGAUUUUUUUUUUGGGCAAGUAAAAAUGUUCAUUAAUCUUUGCAAAAUGUAGAAGUAAAUUGUAAUCUUUUGGCUAUCAAAUG